AUGGCAAGAGCCAUCCUUGAAUUAAGAAAUUCACUUUACAUCAGCGUUAGUAGAAAAUCAAUUGCUGAUACAACCAACACUAAUGAGGGAAUUGCAGUUGUCAUCAGAGCAAGACCAACAUGUUUAACAGCAACUGAUAAAAUCCCAUCAGUUUCAGCAGUAUGCAAGCGAACCAUUGUACGAUCAGCAACUUACGGUGACACACAUCAACAUGGCGUUAUUCGCUUCAUGAUUCCUUACAUGCUCAAUCAAGAGGAUACGGAUACUUGUCAAUGUCAUGUUGAUUCAGGGUUUCAGUUCCAUUCUAUGAUUGUUAAUAAAGACAUGUUAACAGACAGUGGCAAGGAAGGCAUCAAGAAAGACGGUUCUGAUAGAGUCAGUAGUGCUAUAGUGACAAAUCCAGUUUCUAAGCAGUUUAACAGUCAAUCUGAGGUGCAGUGUGAAAAGGUGGCUACUUCGUCAUUGAAUUUUCAAGAUCAACACUUGUCUAAGGUCACAAAGGAGGUCAAGAGAAAAAAUGUCGUUUCUGGUUUUAGAGUCCAAGAUGUUGAGAAGCAAAAAGUGAACAAUGCUUCUAGUUUUCAUACUUAA